AUGGCUAGACACCAAGUCCUACUUUUAAUGGAUAACUGUCCAGCACACACUGCAGGCAUACUUGAUAUUGCCAAUACAGAGAUUAAGUUCUUGCCACCAAAUACAACAUCGAAACUUAUGGGCUUGCAGGCUGAACAGAGUAAACAUGAUAUACUCAAUGUGAUCAAUAUGAUAGUGCCUGCAUGGGAGCUGGACGUGACUGCCAGCACAAUUGCUAACUGUUGGAAACAUUGUGGACUUGCUGAUUCACAAGCUAAAUGCUUACCAAGUGAGAAGAUCUGUAAAGUGCAGAUGGAGGAGGAAUUCUUUGCAAACCGAAGUUCUAGAAAUUUAGUUGCUAAUGAAGAGGAGAGUGAAGAUAACAUGGCUGAGUACCCGUAUUACACAUCCAAGCAAGUGCACGAGGCAUUGGAGAUUAUGCAGGGCUAUGCAAUUCAAAAGGAUGAUGAUAAUGGCAAGGGUCACAAAGCUAUUAAUGCCUAUCAGAAAUACUUUUCAAGAAAAUUAAUACAAACACAAUAUCAGGCAUGGUUACCAGACAUGUUUACUAGACAGUUUACAAAUUAG